AUCGAGAUCCACUAGAACCACUAGAACCACCAGAACCACCAUCGAUCUACCAGAACUACUAGAUCUACCAGAUCCAGAACUAAGAUAUUCAAAUGGAAUGAGAGAACCUCCAUAUGAAAUUUUCUAUUAA